AUGGAGAACUUGCCUGUUGAGCUUUGCAGAACCAUACUUUCAUUCGUCGACAUACCUUCCUUGAAGAACUUUCGCCUCACGUCAAGAUUUUGGGGAGGGUUAGGAGAAGAUUACCUUAUCUCUCCCACGUUCUUUUCUCUCUCGUACCGAAAUGACAUUCAUCGUCUUACUACUUUAGCCAAGAAUCCCAGAUUCCGGCUCAAAAUCGAGACUCUAAGUUUCCUCCAUGGAGAAGUCAAUGAGUACCACGCUCGGCACAACACCUACUUCUUAAACUAUAUGCAAGACCCCGAUAUCCGGAUGGAUAUGCAAACCUCUGUCUGGUCUACCUAUGCCGAUCUCCGAGCACAGAAAGAGCGCUACCUACCAACCGCUUGUGACAAGGACGCUCUGAUGGAGAUCCUUAGCCUCUUACCGAAUCUCAAGACCGUUGAAGUCAGUCUCAUGACGUGUCCAUUCCAAGAAGAUGAGCAUCCGGAAAUGCUAAAGGAGAUUUGGGGCAUUCCCUCAACCAGACUUAUGCCAAGAGUCGCAACGACAGAACGCUUUACCAAUCUCGUCUCAGCAUUAGCCUCGAAUAUCACCAUUGCCAGUAUCAAGUCCCUCUCACAUGACCGUCUACCUUUUGAAUUCUUCGCCCAAAGACCGGCUACAAUCCAUCACAUGUCAGGGGCAUUCCGAUCCCUGACGAGCUUGUCCCUAGCGAUCGAUUACAGCGAUAUGCCAAACAAUCUGCACCAGACCCAAGCCUUCCAUAACCUAUCUCUAUGCAUGCGCUCUGCCUCGCAGCUCCAGACCCUGGCUCUGCAAUUCAUGGGAAGGAGGAAAAUCGAUAUUCGGGAGCUCCUUUUCACCUUCCGGGUCAGUGACUACGAGUUCCGGCAUCUCGAGACCAUCGCCUUAAGAGGAAUUACCAGCACAGCUGCUGACCUCGGGACGUUCCUCGUGAAGCAAAAGUCGCUAAAAUCGAUACAGCUGGGAGGUUUGGGACUCAAGACUAGACAUCAACCUCCGAAUGGAGGUGUUCAUCUCAGCGAGGGCUCGUUCAAGGGUUUGUUUGAGAGGGUGAGGCGUAAUUUGAAUUUGGAGAGCUUGAAGGUGCAGGGUGAUUUGGUUGGGCAGCAGAGUGGUGAGAGGUGGGUGUUGGAGAACGUUGAGGAUGAGAAGGAUCUCUGGGAGUUUGUCAUGGAUUGA